AUGGGCAUCAUGAGAAGAAUGGAGAGUGAGGGAAUUGCGCCAGGGUUAAUGACGUACGGUGCAGUGGUGGAUGGGUUGGUGAAAUGUGGAAGAGCUGAGGAUGCAUGGAAAGUCGCUGAGGAAAUGGGGAAUAAGGGGCUUGCACCUAGUGAAUUUGUGUUCUCGGCCGUGAUCACCGGGUUUUGCAGGUCAGGGGAGGUUGACAGGGCAUUGAGGGUGUGGGAGACAAUGGUGGCAGCUACGGUAAGGCCAAACAUUGUUCUGUAUUCAGCAAUGAUUGAUGGCCUGGCCAGGUGUGGGAGGAUGACAGAAGCUGAAAUGUUAUUUGAAGAGAUGGCUGAUGCAAAAUGUAUACCAAAUGUCAUGACAUAUGGCUCAAUGAUUCGAGGGAGAUUAAAAGAUGCUAUGAUGGUCUGGAAACACAUGCUUGGCCGUGGCUGUGCACCUGAUACAAUAGCUUAUACUUCAAUGAUCAAGGGGUUAUGCAUGUCUGGGAUGGUUGACGGUGGUCUCCGUCUAUUUAAUGACAUGCUGGCGAAGGGUGAUGCCAAACCAGAUGCCAUCAGUUAUAAUGUGAAGCUGGCUGGGGCAUCCGAAAGUAUCCGAGUGCUUGAGAGUAGCCCGUACAGGGCGGUCGGCAGAUCACAAGUCUACUACUCUACUGGCAGAAGUCAUCUGAAGAAAGUCACCCAAGGAGCGAGCUUCAUCAAACGAGCUAGUCUCAACGCGUUCGGCCAGUCCAUUUGCCCGAACUCCAAGUGCUGUGAGACGGGGACCACGACACUGCAAGCUGACCCGCUUUCCUCCAACUGA